AUGGCAGCUUCACAAGUACGCCUCAGCACUUUCGGAGCUGCUCCUCAACAGUUAGCCGCUAAGGGCUCUGCCUUCGAGUACCCACGCAGCGAUCUCAUCGCACAAUUCGCUGAGCAUUGCGCUCAAACCACUACGAAAUUACUCGGCGCUUCGCCACUCUACUUCGAUCAGCCCGCCUUCUCCACCCCACCAAUUCAGUUAAGCGAGUUCAUAGAGAAACUCCUGCGUGUCACGCACGCGCCCCUUUCAGCCGCGGUCGCCUCUCUCGCCAUCAUCUAUUGGAUCACCGAGGCAGGCGCAUGUCCCCUUGCGUCGUCCUCGCCCCACCACCUUUUCAUGGCGGUGCACCAAGCGGUCUUGCACCCAGCGUGGGACUUCCGCGACGUUGAUGAAGAUUGGGUCGAAUUCUCUGGGGAGUGCAUACCUUUGGCUGAGGUUUCGGCCAUGAGGAAGGAGGUAGAACUAGUCAUCGAGACUCUAGGGCCGCGGCGAUGGGCAGUUUUGAGCAAUCUCGUCAGUGAAGAUAUCAACACCUGUGUGCAAGAACUUCACAACGCUGAGCGCAUCCAAGCUCAGGAUGAAGUUCGUGAAGCAGAGGAACUCGAUCUUUGGGAGGAGGAGCUAAUCGACUCAGGUUUCCUAGUCUAUGAGUGCGAUCCUGACUCUGAUGAUUCCGAUGACGACUCCGAUAGCUUUGACCUCGGGGGUUCGCAUACCGAGGCAGAGCAGCAAUCCCUUGAUGCUCAAAUCGUCAACCAACAAUUCGACCAUUCCUCAUUGCUACUCAACACUCCGCAAGAUUUGAAUCAGAAGUAUGCAUCCCCGCCGUUGGAGGAGUCUCUGAUGGGAUAA